AUGAAGACGGUGUUUAGAUCCUUGGAGCUUUGGGAUCUAGUGGAGAGUGGUGUGGUUGAGACAAAGGAUGAUGCAAUGACAAGGGAGAAUAAGAAGCGGGAUGCGCGGGCUAUGUGUCUGAUCCAACAGGCCGUGGAUGGACCAAACCUUGAUCGCAUCUCGGAGACGAAGACUGCGCAUGAGGCGUGGGAGGUUCUUCGGAAGCAAUGCCAAGGCACGUCCAAGGUUUUGUCGGUGAGAAUACAGGCUCUCCGACAAGACUUUGAGACCUUGCAAAUGGGUGAUGAUGAAGCUGUCCAGGAUUAUAUCUCCAGAGUUAUCUCUGUCGUCAAUCAAGUGAAGGCUCUUGGUCACAAGUUGAAGGAGUCUGAUGUUGUGUCCAAGGUUCUUCGUAGCUUGGCACCAAAAUUCGAUUGGGUGGCGGUGGCGAUUGAAGAGUCUAAGGAGCUAGCCACUCUCUCACUUGAUGAUCUCUGUGGAACACUUCAGGCUCAUGAAGUGAGGGUCAAUCGCACUCAACGCACCUAUGUAAAGACAAACGAGAAGGCGCUUCAUGUGAAGAGUGAGCACACAAGCUCCAGUCACAGCAUGGGAGAUCCCACAGGGAGCUCUUGGGGAGAUGGCAGAGGUCGAGGGAGAGGUUUCAUUCGUGGAUGA